AACAUUUUUGAAUUCAGAAAAAAUACAUGCAAUAAAAAUACUCAUUUUUAAAUCCAUUUUCAUGGCUCUGGAGAGAUUUGUCAGGUUGUUAGUUUUCUUUGCAGUAAAAUCUUAACCAAACUGUUGGCCAUACCUUAUCAUCCCAUGAGAGAGUCUGGAAGAUAUUCAUGAUUGCCCACAUGGAUCACUGAUAUUGGCAGGUAAUUUAAUGGUUGCUCAACACUUUCUGUAGCUCUGCCAGUUUCUGAGGCUUAUAAAUAGUUAAAAGCACACCUUUGCAGCUCCUAACUGCUCCAAGAUGAUGAGACUUCUGGCUUUUCUGUCCUGCAUUGGUAAGCUGCACAAGAAGCUCAUUCAGGGUAAGAAGUUAUUAAAUGAUGAUUGAAAGGAUAACACCACUGUGCUCUCUGUUCACUUUUACACCAAAGGGCUCAUUUGGGCUGAGGCCCCCUUCAACCACAAUGUGCACAAUGAGAGAGUCAUCGGAGGCAGCAAUGCCGACCCCAACACCUGGAAAUGGCAGGUAAAAUGAUGAUGCUUUUGUUGGAAAUGGGAUUGUCUAAACAAUCAAACUUGUUCCUAAUUCCUGUAUUUUUGACUGUCUGCUUUUGUCUCAGAUUUCUCUCCAGUAUGAUUCAUACAACGAUGGCUCUUACUACCACAUGUGUGGAGGCUCCAUCAUUGAUGGUUUCCAUGUGAUGACAGCAGCUCACUGUAUCUUCGGGUUAGCUUUUUUACUGCUUCUUAUUUAUAUCAACACACACCUACAAUGAAAUAAUGUCAACUCAAAUGCUCCAAGUUGUUCUGUUUUGUAGUACUUCUCGGCUAAAACUACAAUUGUAGUGAGUGUUUGUGUUUCCGUCAUCUAUCAGUACGGAUCCUCGUGGGUACCGUGUGGUUGCUGGAGAGUACAACCUGUAUGAGUACGACGGCAGUGAGCAGUUCAUCGAUGUGGAAAGGAUCCAUGUCCAUCCCAAAUGGACCGGAGAACUGGGCAACGGGUAAACAUCAGAAACCUAGACCGUCUCGAUUCAUUUAGGCUUGUCUUCAAAAAUGAACUUUAUUGACAAGGGCUGUAUCAAGUAUGCAUCAGUAUGUUAUCACUUUUUAGAGAGCAUUAGAAAAAGGGCAACAGCAGUACUUUUAAUAUCUUCUCACAUUCAAACCAAAACAUUUAAAACCAUGCUGAGUAAAACAAAGGCUACUUGCAACUUUGAUAAUGAUCACUUUCUUAAUAUUAUUGCUUUUUAAAUCAAUUUUUAUGUUCUUUGUUAGAAAUGACAUUGCUAUCCUGAGACUGGCUCAGCCUGUGUAUGACAACGGCUAUGUUGCCAUUGCUGAGCUCCCCGCUCCUGAACAGAUGCUGCCUCAUGACUUCACCUGUUACAUCACCGGCUGGGGUCUUAUGGACUGUGAGAAAGCACCUACACACACACGCACGCACACGCAAUCACCCACACACGUACGCACGCACGCACGCACGCACGCACGCACACACACACAAUGUUUUUUUCUGAUGCACAACAUCGAUGCCAUUAUGAUAAUAAUGCCCUCUUUACUCCUUUCACAGAUGUGGGAACCACCCCUGAAAUUCUGCAGGAGGCUCCUAUCAAUGUGGUGGAGCAUUCAAUCUGCUCUCAGCAUGAGUGGUGGGGUAGCAUUGCUCUGAAAAAUAUGGUGUGUGCCGGAGGUGAUGGAGUCAUUUCAGGUUGCCAGGUACUGUGAACAUAUGUGUACAUUGGCUUGAUGCAGGGCUGUGUUCUUAAACCAGUUUAACCCAACCCUGUGCAAACAUUCAAACAUACAGUAUUUUUCUUUUAAGGUCAGGGAACCUGAGAACAUUUCUCAUGUUAAACCCAAUAUUGGCACAGCUGUGAUAACCUACUGUGAUAACCGUGCUGAUAUUUGAUACACAUCACUGGCACAUCUUCAACUAAGUAAAGCCCGUGUUAAAGAGGCUAUUAAAGAGGCAAUGUCCCAUUUUAUUGCAUAGUCUACAAACUGGAUCCCCUAACUCCUAUGUCUCUCUUAUUGCUUCCUGUCACAGGGUGACUCCGGAGGUCCCCUGAACUGUUUCACCGACGGAGCCUGGAGGGUCCACGGUGUCGUCAGUUAUGGACCAUCUGGUAUGUGCAACCAGUGGAGGAAGCCAACUGUCUUCACCAGAGUCUCAUUCUUUGAGGACUGGAUCUUCUCAGUAAGUCUUCAAACCUCACUGUUUUUUCUUUGCAUAUUUUCGCUCCUAAAUUUCUCUUUUUUUUUUUUUUUACAGAUUACCAGAUAAAACCUACUGAGGAAUGUGUCUUUCCACGCUGAAAAAAACAAGCACUCAAAUAAAAUGAACAUGCAUCUAAUUUGUUUGUACGUGUAUUUCAUUUAUGAACGUUUCCUUGCAGUUUUUCAUUUAACCAGAAGGUGGCGACAGUUCUUCAUAUGCUAAAAAACUGACCAGCUCCUGUGAGGUUUUGAUAAAGUUCUAGGCACCCCAGUGCUUUCCCAGAAAUGAGUUGCUUGUUGGACUAAAUUUUUCCUAGUUCUUACAGCCAGUUUAAAAGUGGGGCCACACUUAAAGGAUAAUCAGUCCAACAGCAACAAAGGAAAGGUAAAAAUCCUCCAUGUUUUGGACCAAAGACUGUAGAGUCUGGUGAAAAAGUCAGAAGUCAAACCCCGCACUUAAAAUCACAAAGGAGAACCUCGAGUGUCUCCUUUAGACUUCAUGAACCCUGUCUCUUAAUGGUGGCCAAACCUGAGAUCUAUCCAGUCACUGGCCUGUGUGGAAUUUCUUCCCAUGUGUUUGUGGUGGGAGUCAGGAGACUACAGCAUGACAUCACAUCAAGUGUUUCCCCUCUAACCAUGGAGACCAAAAACCACCGAUGCAUUCCUGUGGUUUAGAUGAAAAAUAAACUAAAAGAAUGUCAAUUUAUCCAAUUCAAGUCUGAACUGCCUUCUUAUGCCUUUAAAGCUAAAUAAAGCUUAAAGAGUUUAAAGCAUAUAACCAUUGAGGAUUUUUAGUGAGGAAGCAAAGAGAUAAUCAAACAAAGGAAACUGCAUGGGCACAUUUGCUUAUCAGCUGCUUCUAAUACUCACAAACGUGGUGUCAAGUUCCCUUGAACAAAACACAACCAACAACAGAGUCAAGCUUUUAGAAAAUGUCUUCUUUUAUUAUUAUUUGGAGGGACAGGCUGUCAAAAUGGCUUGGAUGAGAGAAACUGUUUUUGAACAGCAGGUUAAAGUGUGAAUAUGUAAAAAAUAAAGCAGCUUUGUUUGCUCUGCAGGACCAUUCAAGCAGAAAUAUGUACAACACAAAAGGCAAAGAAGUAAGACACAUUUCUUUGAAAAUAAAAUUUAAAAAAAGCUGUACUGUAAUACAUUACAUUGAUAAACACUCACUGUUGCCAUUUCUUCAUGAGACUUGAUGUUUUAUACAAGAGAAACAAAUGUUUGCUUGCAAAAUUCAGUGCCCUCUUCAUGGCAUAAGAACAUAUACCGGAUGGAUUUCAACGUAAUCAAAAAGGCAAAAAGCGAAUAAUACAUUUCUGAUGUGCACUCUGCACUUUUCAAAGUAUACAAUUAAUCAGAACAAGUUUUAACAAACAGGACCUGCAUGCAUAAUUUCUAAAGGGUCCAGAAAGGCUGCUGAAACAGCUGUAGAAAGGGUGAGAUAUGUACAUCAACUCUCUAGUGUCCUCAACUGUUCACACAGGCGACAGCACAAUCACCUUUGAUAGGGCUUGUUCUGUAAUUAAUGAGGCAACAAUUCAAUUUUUCAGGGUUUGAGUGUGUGAUAAAAACUGUAUAAUAUAUGCAGUUUUUAUCCACCAAACCCUUUACAUGUGUAUUUUAAAACAUAGUGUAACCCGAGUCACAGACUUCCAGAAUACAAUCAAAUUGAUCUUUGCAAUUUUUCUUAGUUUUAGUGGCAUUUUUACGAAGAUAUUAAACCAUAAGACUGCCUAUGAAAAAUACCUCUGAAUGCUUGAGAGUAAUAACCUUCAUAAGUAGACAUUUCUCUAUAAUUCAUAUAUUACAAAGGUUGUCCCAGAUUGAAAAUGACUCAUUUUGUUUCUUAAUAAAAUAUUCAAUUUGUCAGUGAUUAGAAUUCUUUUGUCAACCUACAUAAAUUAGUUACAAAAUAUUAGUGUAAUUUUCUAUGGUUACAUUAUAGGCAGCGAUACAUUAGACCCACCAUCUAGUUUCAGUGAUUAGGGAGAUCCACAGUUUUCAGUCCCAAAGCUUAAAUGGAAGCACUGUGCACACACCAUCGGCAGGCAUGGCUCCCCUGAUAAGCAGGCACAUCCAGUAAACUUCACAACACCUCAUCUUUAUUGCCAAAACAUCUUAAAUUAAAUUACUAAAUGAAAUGAUGACUUUAUAAUUUACCAAAAAGAAAAAAAAAAAGGAAAAGAAUAAGAGUAUAGAUAUUAAAUACUUUCUGAUGGACUUGUGGUCCCGUUUCCCGUAUCAUUGCCUAAAUGUGAUAUGGAAAAAAGGAAGAAGGAUUGCACUUUUAGGUGAAAAUAUCAAACCACAGUGCUUCUUGAGUGAACGUAGGCAUUAUCUGAAAUAAAUAAAAAUAAAAUCAUAAAGGAAAUAAUUUAAAACAAGAGGAAAAAUAACAAUACAGCUACAGCUUUUGAUGGUAUGAGAGUUAUUUCCUGUUACCCAGCUCAUAAAUAAGGAACUCCAUAAUUUAGCAUUGAACUGUUGAAUCGAUCCCAUACAACCAAAACAAUGCCUAUUCAUACAUAGCUAUUUUCACAGAUAAAGUGCUGAUUGAGGAGCUUUUUAGAGGGAUUUUUUUUGUACCAUAUAUACCAUAAACCUAGAGAAAUCUCAAGGAGAAAGAGUCCGCCAGACUGUUUCUCGUCGACUCAAGGACACGAACCGGACUAUGUUGGUUUUCAUAUGAAGGCCAUCACAGCAAUGGUCACCAUACAUUGCCUCCAAAAGCUAGAAAGCUAGAAAAAAUCCCUGAGGUGCACAUUCAGCUGUGUUGAGAUUCCCAACCUGGCCCCAGUUAUGGUUAAAGAUUCCUGUUCAGCAUACAGUCAGUGAUCUUGGUUUGGUUAAAAGAGCUUUCUUAGGAAUUGAGAGCCUUCAUUGGUUUCAAUGGGCCUGGUCGAAUUGAUCUCUAUUUUUGUAUCUUUUAACACUAGCUGCCAUCUCACACAGCAAUAAAUCCCACAAUGCUUUGCUAACGUUUUGAAGGCAAGUCUGGAAUUUGAACAUUUAUUUAGGCAAGAGGGACAUCACAGCUUCCUCAAAAAUCAACUUCUUAUGUGCAUGUUUCGUCCCCUCACAAAGAAACCCCUGUUCUUGAUUUUUUUUUUUUUGCACUGUCCACAUAUUUUUGUCAAACUUUCACAGACUCCAUCACAGACAAUUUCAUGGCUUCCUCCAACAGCUGAUUGUCUGUAAAAGUUGCAGGGGGUUCUGGGACGGACUCUGAAAGACCAAUGAGUGACUCCAGGAGGCACGUCCCUGGGUCGCUCACCGGGGGGAGACUGGGGUAACUAGGCAACUGAAACUGGAAAAAGUUGUCCAUGUGUUCGUACUCCUUCAGGGAGUUGUAGAGUGAGCUGGGUCCCAAGCAGGGGAAACCAUCAAAGAACUCUAGAUCGGACUCUGAUGAGAGGCUAAGGUCCAUGUUGUAGCUCGCAGAGCGAUCCACGGUCGGUGAGGGCGUUCGUGGUACACUGCUGCUGUGAAAGAGAGCGUUGCCUUGGUUGGCGUUCUCAUCUAAAAGUUCUGAGAUGGCCAUUGCUCGAUUGUCCAUGUGAUCGUCCAACAAAGCAGCAUCUAUAUUGUCAUUCUCAUCUGCAAAAUCCACCAUGCUAAAGCUCCUGAAAGCCUCUGUAGAUGGCUGCUGCUGCUGCUGCUGUUGUUCUUGGCAGCACAUGUCUUUACGCUCCACGCCGUCCCUGCUACUCCUCGAGCAGUUCUCUGUAUCGCUGAAACUAAGAAUGCGGCUCAAGCCUUUCUCGUCAACGUCCAGCUGGGUGCGAUUCUCACACAGGCCCUCGCCCCCCUCCGAGUACUCACUCUGACCCGAUGAGUCCGAGUCCGUCAUGUCGCUGCUGCAGCUGUUGUCCCCAGCUGCCGUCUGUUCAGAGCUAAAGGGAAAAGAGGGCACUGCUGGUAAGGUGUUGGCCCCUGUUGUGGUCUCAUCCUCCUCUUCCUCAGUGCUAGACUGCUCCUCCAGCCUCUUCUCUAACUCCAGCUUCAUGAUCGUGUGGAUGUAAUGUGUCUGUACCCUGGUGGAGUUGAACUCGAUGCGACCCUCAGUGUUUCCACAGCCGUCCUUGGUGCAGCCACAUGGAAAAGAGGAAUGAUCCAUCUGUGAGAAGAAGAGGAAGUUAAGUUUCAGUAAAAUAAAGUUACUAAAAAAAAAGAUCCACACUUAUUGUAUUUCAAGCCUUUAAACGCUGAUCCUCUUUUAAGCUCUUACCUGACAUUUAAUGCCAGCCAAGCUGCAGCUACACGUCUCAGGCUCGCAGAAACCCUGGCAGUCGCAACCGCAGUUUUCCCUUGAGAUCCUCAGAUCGUGCAGCUGCCUUUUCUCCUCCUUGUCGAUCUUCUUCACGCCGGCAGCUUUAAGGAUAGAAUAGCGACGUUUAGGUGGGUAAGGCUGGAGGAAGGAACCCUCGUCCAGGUUGGCCCCGCUGAUGUCGAUGUCCUGCUCGGGGAUAUCAUCCACCGUCAGUCGCUCUGCCUCUUCACUUUCUUGAGUUCCGUUCUUAGUCAGCUAAAGAAAAAUUGAACAUCAGUUAAUUAUGAAUCAGGAUAAUUAGAUGUUUAUUAAGCACUAUUAUUCCAUUACUGUUAUUAGCAUAGAGAUUUCUAUCAUUACCAGUAAUGGUAUUCGUCUCCAGUCGGCCAAUUUACCAAUCAAUAUCAAAACAAAUAGCUCCACAGAUCCAAAAACAUUUUGGCUUUCUAAUAAUGUUAUGUGUUUUUUAACUGCAGUACAGCCAAGAUCUUAGACAGACUUUGGGUCAGCUGUUCUCACCUUCAGUCGGAGAGCCUCCAGCUUUUCCUCCCUGAGCCUGUUGAGGAGUUUUUCCUGCCGGAGGAGCCGCUGCUCCACAGCAAACUCAGCCAGCGUGUACGUUUGGAGCACGCUGUGGCGUUGCAUCAUGCCCAGAGUGCAUCCUCCUCGACUGGGAACGCUGGUGAAGCCUUGGCACCGAGGGAAGAAGAACACUGACACCUGAUCAAAGGUGACAUUACCCCGUCGUGCUCUCUUGGAUUUCUUGAGAAUUGAUGUGGCUGUGGGAAGAGAAACGGUGGAUUUAGGAUAAGAGGAUACUGGUGCAAUGGUUUCAAUGACUUCAAUUGCAUUUAUGUACCACUAGAUGGCAUAAUCCCCCAUCAUAUGAAGUCAUGGGAUGAGUACCAACCCCGCUGAACAGACUGUAAAAGGACACCCCUCUGAUUCAUUGCCCUAGUCUCCAACCAAGCCUUAUCAUGUACCCAAUUAAAAGACACUGCUAACAGGAGUCCGACACACUUACAUCCUGUAAAGUGAAACCUUAACCGCCAAGAAUUCCCUCAGCCUCCUUUCUUGUCCCAGUGUGCGACACAAAACCACCCUGCCCAGGAAUUUCCUCUCAGUGGCAGACAUUGUGGAGGAAGCGGAGCUGCCAGGAUCACACAAACUGGUGAGUUAAUGCUCGGGGCUUCCGGGAGAGCGGGAGAGUGGAAGUACAGCUCUCAGGAUGGGAAUAAAAUCUGCCCACCCUGGCUCUCCCUCCAAGCUGAAAAUUCCCGCAAAUGGCCCAGUUACUGAGAAGGAGUCAAAGGUCUCUUCUCUGUGAAAAACAUUCAGCCAGCAGACAUCUCUCUGCGCCCAGACGAAUACAAUAAAACCAUAUGGGAAUCAGAAUGGAACCAUAUGUGGGAACAAGCCCAACAAGUACUCCUGAAUUAUCAUACAUUCAACUUCCUUUGCCCAGAUAUAUUGGACAUGACUUUUUGGGCAACCUGAGCUGUCUUUGAGAGUAACAGAGACGUAUGCUAAGACUCCACAUGAUGGGGAAUUCCUUGAAGAUUUCCAUUUUUCAAGUUUUGGCACUCACUUCGGGCACACCCUGCACAACCACCUGAAUGAGUCGUAAGAGUCAAAUGAGAAAAUUUGCCUGUGAUGAUCCAGGAAAGCAACCAUUACUCCAAUGCAGCUCAAGCAACAGCCUUACUAUGUUGUUUAAUCUGCCGCUGGGGGUAAUAGAGAUGAAACAAACUGCCAGUUUCAGCGUCACAUCCAUCAAAUCCAGUCAGGCUUAUGACACCUGCAGGAGACAAAUGACACCUCCUCUGCUGCUCCAAAUGGGAGCGCUUUGCUGGCUGUUUCCCCUCCUUUCACUUUACAAUGGCAUGCAACUUUCCGUCCAACACAAACACAAGAUUUAUACUGGUCUGCUCAAUCUGCCGUCUUUUCUUGAUAGGCCUAACCCCUCUCUUUUUGUAUUCCUUCACCCAGCCUCUUUCAGCACCUGUGCUGGGUGCAUGCCCGGGCUUCAAGACAAGGCUCUGUGUGUUCCCCGGCCCUGGCAACCUGCCACGCUUUUCUCCUCCUGGCUCUCUGCCCCACCAUCCUGGAAACCUCACAACUGUUUGCCCUUCUCCCCCCUACAAUCCUUCUCCCAACACGACUGGACCUCUUGAGGCCAGCUAGUAGCACCCCCAGGUCCAGACAGAGACACCCUGAAGCAGCUUGCUCCGCAUCUUUAGAGGGAAAGGUGAUGCUUUUUUUUUCUGUCUGCAAGUCUCAGGGAGGAAAGGUGUGGAGCCAGCCAAGGUGAGCAGCCACUGCAUAAUGCGAUUAGCCAUUUUGCAGCUUUAGGGCAUGAAAUCAAAAGGGGUAUUCAUUGCAGAAGUCUGAAAUCAUUUCUGUAAAGUGUUUCAUGAGCUGCCAGCUGCCUAAAUUCCUUAACUCUCCUCCAUUUUUAUGGGUUUGUUAUCAGAGUCCUCCGUGGAGCAGUAAAGACAAGGCGAGGGAGCGCGUUAAAAAGCAUGUUCCAUCAGCUCUUUCUAUGAUUUAUCGUCGCAGGAAGAGGACACUCACUGUUGAAAUGUGUUGCUGGGGAGCUGGGGUUGCUUGGAGUGGAAUCGAGGGUGUCCGAGUAGCAGCUCUCUCCCUCUGAGUCCCAGCCUGAGCAGGCAGAGGAGAGGGAGGAGGGCGAGGAGUAGCAGGGGUCCUCAUCCACCUCCUCAAACUUCCUCUUGAGAAGCCCACUCAUGGCGUCAGCACGAACAAUCUAAAAGGAAAGGAGCAUACAGAGGGGUUAUUAGCAGGUGAUUUGCAUUUAUUUGAAGCUGUAUCAUAUGAGUUUGUCUGUGUUGCACAGAAGCUAUUGUACACACAUGGCCUUUUUUUUUUUUUACAGUGUUGUUGAAACAGGCCAGUCCUGUGCUCAGCCAUGUGAGACUGUAGGCAUCCAAAUCUCGUGCUGCACUCAGCUGAGAGUGGAAAUAAGCCAUGGCACAGGAAGCAAUCAAUCAGGCCUAUUCACACAAGUCAACAAUUACUGGACCCUUUGCCCUCUUCUAAAUCCCAUCAGCUCAGCAAAUGCAUUGAUUAGAGAGAAGAAACCGAGCACAGAGGGUGACCAAAUCAUGGAGACAUAGACUUUUAAUUUUAAUCAUUAUCUUUAAGCAGCUAUAGCAAUCGAAUCUGCGAGUCAAGGCCAGGGCAAUUUGCAGUGCUUCCCGUUUCAUGUUGCCUUCAGAGUAAAUAUGUCCAGCCUUGCAUGGUUAGGAUGUUUUCUUAUGCAACUCGUGCAUGUGUUCUUUCAGGGCUCCCGUGAGAAGGGCUGCUGGUUCAGCGAUAAAAACAAUCAAUCCUUUGAGAGAGACAGGCAGGCAGGCAGGCAGGCAGGCAGGCGGGGAAACAAGAGGGGGAAAAAAAGAUCUCUAGUUCAUGAGAAAAAGGAGAAUCAUUUACUCCCUAAUUUCUCAAACAGAGCCUAAUACCUGUAUAAACAUCCCCCAUGUGAUACUUUCAUUGAAACCUUUAAAUCUUCUUGAAACAAUGAUUUAUGCUCGCACAGAUUGUCCACUUCUCACAGCUUGUUCCAGGAGAAACAAAAACCCCUGACAUGAAAAAUGAACAUGUUGGAUGAGAGCGAAGGUUUAUUGUCGGGGUGUUUUACGGUUAUGAUGUAAAUGCCUCACAAAGCUCUGACAAACAACAGGCAAUUCUCUUCACAACUUCUGGAGAGCGCAAAGGCAAAAGAUGGGUCAUCACCAUCCCAGUCUGGGAGUUGAGUUCCGACUGACUGCAACAAGGAGGGACUGAAGGGAGGAGGGAGGGAGGAAGGAAGGAAGCGGGAAGGGGAGAGGGAAGACAUGACUGGGCUGGUGGCCAGCACAGACACUCCCUUGGAUGAUGUGGAAUGGGAAAGGAGGCUUUUACUUUCCCCAUAAAGAGAUCAUUUCACCAUCAAACUGUUUACUGUCUGCAGUAUCACAGCCAAAUCACUUACAGCUGCAGCAGCUCCAGCAUGUUAUGAAUGCACUUCAAUUUUGAGGUUAUUCUUAGCCGUGUUUGUCCAAAUAUUUGCUUUGUCGCACCUGUAAUUUUGUUGAAAAUGUUCACAAAGAUGGCGUGGAUGGAUCUUUUUCUGGAUAAUUAACAAUCUUUAAAUGUAUGUUCUGAGUAUAGUUAUGGGCUAGCUCAGACAUACAGACAACAAGCUUUCCUGCCGAUGUACAAAUUUGUCACCGUGGCAAGAUCCUCCAAGGGCUUUUGAGGAACUUUAACUCCAUCUCUUAGCUGCAUGCCUGGAUGUUAUGCAAGCGUCAGCACUCAAGGAACAGGGAAAAAAAAAAAACGAACAGGUAUACAAGGAAGGGGUCAAUCUCUGCGUGCAACAGGGAGCAAUUAUGCAAACGCAGUCAUGCCUUUUGACAAAGAGAAGUGAACGUCAAGGGCAAGCGGAUGACACCUUUGUUGCAGGCAUACACCAGGUUAUUGUUAUUGCUGCAGUCAGAUAUUGCUGUCCCCAGUGUGCAUAUGAUAAAUGAAUCACCUUGCAAUAGGUCAAGCAUGCACUACACUGUCUCUGCAACAAACAAAAAGGCAUCCUUUUACAAUGUGACCACCUCAGGGCUCGAGCACGCUGAACGUACGCAAACCAGGAGGAAAAAGAGCCGCUCACUUCCCAUCUAGCAGUAAAUCAUCUUCGGAUGUAAUAAUAAUAUCACUUCAUAUGAGAUUUGGGUUGAAACAAUUUGGAAACACCUGGAUCUGCAUCUGUUGCUAUGCGUGCACUGAUCAGACAACAAGUGUGCGCUUAGGAAAACACACUACAAAAAAAGAGAGCGCACAUGGGUUCACCUUACAUUUUUGCCUCUCGCUUAGGGUAGAAAAAAUGAAAACAAAGCUGCGAGGCAUCCUCGAGGGAGUGCAGAGCGCCAGCUAAGCAAAGUCUUUUUAAUUAAAAGCUGCAGUGAGGCAGAAGUGGGAGGAGAAGGGAUGGAUGUGGAGAGGGGGGGCAUGGUGUCAGAACUGGGUCAUUGUCUCUUGACUGCAGUCUACCUGACACAUUGAUUUGUUAAUCCUGUUCAACGGGCAGAAACAAUGGUGAGAGGUUAAUCCUGGCAAGGGGGAUGGCUUGUAGUCAAUCUGGAGCUUCUCAGCCUGCUCAGCCACUGCACCCACAGAACAAGGCCAAGAGAGCAGCCAGAGGAAAGGAGCAGGAGGGUAAAUUGAAAUCAAAAAGACAACAAUCAUGCAGGAGGAAAAAUGUGGAGAGAUUUGUAGAAAAGGAGAUUUUUUUUAGAAAGGAGCGCUUGUUAAUGCCUGCCUCUAAACCGAGAAUGGAUGUGAUCGGACAGCCAGAGAGAGCCAAAGAGGAGAGGGAGCGCAGCAUGUUUUCAACGUGCGCUAAAUUAUGCAUCACUGUCAUUCCAUCAACCGCACACAGGCAGGCAGAUAAAGGAUGCAUCCGCUGAGGUGCUCCCCAGCCAGUUGUCACAGAGUUGGGAAGAUAAAUCUCUGGUGAGAAGAUUUGUCACCAGAAGCACUACAGAGCUCAAGUCAGAUACAUAACUAUGUCAGUCGAAUAAGAUUAUCCGGAUACAUGCAGCUACAGGCUGAUAAUGUGAAUUCAGAGUGCCAAUUCAUUCCUGUUUUAUCUGCAGACGGCUACUCGAGUUUUUAUGAAGGAAUCUCCACAGCAGCUGCUAACAUUGCUAAAUAAGCUAAUAAAUUCGUAGCCUAUUAUCUACAACUAAUGAACCAUAUUGACAUGGCUGCCAUUUCCAUUUGUUGUCG